AGAUUCACUAUGGACAAUUCUACAGUGCAGACAGAGAUCUCCUUAGGCUUUAAGAUCAGCAAAAUAUGUAUCCUUGUUGUAAGUCUCAUUGGAAAUGGGCUUGUCAUAUUUGUGACUGGUUACAAAAUGAAGACGACAGUCAACUCCAUUUGGUUCCUCAACUUGGCGAUUGCAGACUUCAUCUUCUCCUUAACUGAAAUCAUUAGCUGCCUCUUUGGUAACUUCAAAUACAAGUUUUUCUAUGUCAUACCUGACCUAACUUUAUUUGCUAGCAUUUUAAUGCUGAUGACUAUUAGUCUGGACCGAUGCCUGUGCACAUGGAUGAUCGUGUGGUCUCGUAAUAAUCGAACCAUAUUCAAAGCCAGAAUCAUCUGCAUGAUUGUGUGGGUUUUAUCCAUCAGCUGCUGCAUCCCUGUAAUGUGUAACUAUUCUAUUCAAUACUACAAGUUUCUGGUCACAUACACGUUCAUAGUGGGCUUUGUCAUCCCCUUCCUGAUCAUUGCAUCUUCAUAUAUAGCUAUCGGCGUGCGAGUCAAACGUCUCAAAAAGGAGAAUCAGCUCAGGUCUUACCGGGUCAUUAUAGCUGUGGUCCUGGCCUUUUUCAUAUGCUGGCUUCCUUUUCAUGUCCACAGAUUUUAUUACAUAAGUACAAUAAAGAAUCAGUUGAGUGGAUCUGCUAAAGAGGUUUUUUUAAAAACACAAGCUGUAGUUACCUGCCUGGUUUAUCUAAACAGCUGUCUGAACCCCAUUCUCUAUGUGUUCAUGUGUGAUGAUUUCAAGAAGAAGCUUAAACAGUCUCUGCAGCUGGUGCUGGAGACGGCGUUUGCUGAGGAUCAUUUGGAUUUCUAAAAGCAAACAAAAUAUACCACCAUCUAUGCCUUCCAGCUGCUAGCCACAUAAAGACAAACAAAGCACUCAUAAUUUAUGGUCAUACAGAAUAAGAUGUCAUUCGAAACUGUAAAGGGUGUGUUUUAAUUUGCAUACACUCACAAUAAAAACAAAACAUUGUGCUUUUGUAAAAUAAAGAAAACAAUCAAGAUAUGCCACUUUCUUGUUGUCCUUUCUGUGAACUUGUUUGUGGAGUGUGUCACAAAAAUAAACCAAAACUGCCAUUUAUUACUUGUCGCACUAUUUUAUCUUUCAUUUUGUUAAUCUGUUAUUUAAGUUAAAUGUAUUUCGCGAAUAGGCCCAUUUAUUCCUUCUGUAUAAUUGUACUGCAUGAAGCUCUGCAGGUGUGUGAUGUGACGAUGUGUGAAUCCUCAUGUUCUGUUGUUUAUGCUGCUAUUUGCGCAUUGAGCUUGAAUGGCACAAAAAGGAAGUUACUAAUGCUGAAUUGUAAAUCAAGUCAUAUUUAGGUCCUGAUUGUCAGUUAUCUGUGAAAUAAAUCUGCCGUAAAAGUGUAUUAUUAACAAGAAAAAUGUAUAAUACAAUUUUGUAAUGGAAUAAAAGGUUUGCUUAUUUGCAGCUCAACAUGUAUUAAAUGUCUGCAUUAAUCUUUUUUAUAAUUGCUGACUAAUGACUAGUACUGGCUAGAAUAAAUAAACAGUUUGAUCAGUACUUUUUACUUUUAAUACUUAUUAAAAAUCAAUUAAUUUUGUUCUUUUACUAAAGUAAUAAUGAAAAUUAGUAUUUAUAAGUAAUAUUUUAUAUCUGAACUUUUACUCGAGUACUUGAUUUGUGUACUUCGCCCACCACUGUCUUUUCCCAUUUAAGCAAAUCACAAAAAGGUAUGUGGCUUAUAUAGUCAUUCUUAAAAAAAAAAACAACAAAAAAAAAAAACACCUACAUUUCUAAUUUAUUAGAUUUUUCGUCUAUUAUGGUGUUUCUCAACGGGGGCGUUCAGAGAACAACGGGAGGCGUUGGAAGCAAGAUUUUUGAAAGAGGGGCGUUCAGGUGUUCUUGGGGGGCGUUCACGAGUUUACACCAAAGAUCCAGGCAAGACAAGAUUAAACUUGUUAUUACUUGCAAAGGAAUUGCAUACAACAUUCUAAAAUCUGCCAGUUCAAUGCGACAUGUAAGUUAUGUAU